AUUGCUUUAAAGUUUUCUUUUUGACUUUUUUUUUCAAUUUGUGUUUUUUGUUUGUUUGUUUGUUUUCGUUGAAGGAAUACCCGUUUAAAAAUGAAUCCAAAUCGGUUAAGAUUAACCACCAAACAAUUAUCAUCAUCGACAACCACAAUAACCUUGGCCAUGAUAAUGUUAAUAUUAAUAAUGAAUCAAAUUCAACCAAAUUAUGCUGGACCAUUAGCUGAAAUGCAAGCAUUUCGUUUAGGACAAAGUCUUACACGUCAACCGAUUACUAUUUGGCGUCGUGUAUUCUAUCCGUUUCCGGUAAAUGUUGUUGAAAAAAAAUAUGUUCCGGUAAAGAUACCGAUACCUGUUUAUGUAAAACCACCACCAACGCCAUCAUAUCAACCAUCAUCAUCGUAUUUAUCAUAUGCAACAUAUCCAUAUUAUAAUAGUAAAACUUAUUCUUCGCAAUUAAAUCAACAAUAUCAAGAUCAACAAUAUCAAUCAUCAAAUCAAUCACCACGAUAUUAUUAUCAAACACCAAUUUUAACUGCAACAAAUAAUUAUCAAAGUUAUUAUUAUUAAUGAAAUGAAAUGAAAAUGAAACGAAACAAAUUCUGGACAUACAAAAAUGGUAAUCUGU